UUCUGCACAUGGCUGUUAUUUCAUCUCACAACAUCUAUAAAUUGAGACUAAUAGUUUCAGAAAUAACCACUUCUCUUCCUCUCCCACUCCCACUCAUUCUGCUCAUAUCCCACAAGAUAUUGCAAUUUUCCUUUGCAGAGGCAUCCAUGGACCUCCUCCCACUCAUUCUGCUCAUAUCUCACACGAUAUUGCAAUUUUCCUUAGCUGAGGCAUCUAUGGAGUCAGAAUUAGGACCCAAGAUUGCCCAGAAGAUUUUUGAAGGAGAGGGUGGAUUUUCUUAUAGCUGGUUAAGUGCUGAAUUUCCCAUACUUAGCCAGGCCAAGGUUGGUGCAGGGAAGCUUGUUCUAAACCCCCUUGGUCUAGCUUUACCUCACUAUGCUGAUUCCUCCAAGGUUGCCAUUGUACUUCAAGGGAAGGGGAGAAUUGGAAUAAUAUUUCCCAAAGCUUCAGAACAGAAGGUGGUAGAGAUUGAGGAAGGUGAUAUUAUACCUGUACCACUUGCUGCUGUUUCAUGGUGGUUCAACGAUGGAGACUCCAAAUUGAUUGUAAUAUUCUUAGGUGACACAUCUAAGGCUCACAGUCCUGGCGAUUUCACAUAUUUCUUAUUAGCUGGAGCUAAGGGUAUCUUCACUGGUUUCUCCAACAAUUUUGUUAGUGGAGCUUGUGAUUUAGAUGAAGAAGAUACAAAUAAGCUUGUGAAUAGCCAGUCUGGUGUCUUAAUUAUCAAGCUUAAAGAAGGAACCAACAUGCCUCAACCUUCUAAGGCUGAUAAACAAGAAGUGGUCUUUAACAUUGAGGCUACAUUGCCCGACGUCUAUGUCGAGAAUGGCGGAAAGUUGGUUGUUUUAUCAAGAGAGAAAUUUCCAUUAUUGGAAGAAGUUGGGUUAAGUGUCAAGCAUGUAAGACUUGAUGCUAAUGCAAUGUUUGCACCAGAAUUCUCUUCAGAUCCAGCAGUUCAAGUGAUCUAUAUUGUCGAAGGCAGUGGCCGUGUAGAGGUUGUUGGCAUUGAUAGUGAAAGCGUCUUGAACACAACAGUUAAGGAUGGUGAUUUGUUUGUUGUUCCAAUUGUCUUUGUGGUCUCUACAGUUGCAGGGAAUGAAGGAAUGGAGUGGUUUUCUAUGACCACCUCAACACAGCCUUUCUUCAAAUACUUGGUUGGGAAGACAUCACUGUGGAAAACUUUAUCUCCACAAGUUCUUCAAGUGACUUUGAAUCUGACUACUGAGGAAGCUGAAGUUUUCAGUUCGAAGAUGAACAAGAAUCCCAUUUUAAUCCCUCCACCAAUGUAAUUGUUCAAGUAAGAGAAAGGGGGUAUGAAUCAAAUCUUCAAUAGAAAUAAAUAGGAUUUAAGUCUGCACCAAUCAAAGAUGUUUUGAAGGAAGUGGCCUGGUUUCCCUACACUGGAAUGGUUUUUUAUUUUUUUAAUUUUUAUUUUUUAUUUUUUAUUUUUUGAAUAAAGGAACGGCUUUUAUGUUUCA